AUGGCUGAAGACGGCUGGGACUUGCGAUACAUCUCGGAGGCUCGCCAGAAGGCCUCCGGCCGGCACAAGCCUUGCAAUGAUGUGGACGAGGAUGUCUUGGAUCUCUUCCCCCAGGACAUACCUUGUGCCCCGCGGCAAUAUCCGCCCUUUGCCUGGAGAGUGGCCCCGGAAUUCGAGCGCGAAUUUGAGAUCAGUGGCACGGAGCAGGACGUGGCCACCAAGCUCGGGGACUUCCAGGAUCCCCAGUGGGUGAUACCAGUGGGUGGUACAUUGAGACUGGUCAAGGGAGGGAUCUAUCGCUGGACUUUGCGCCUGGAACAGAUCUGCGCUCAUCGACCCCAAAUGCAGAUUGGAGCAGCUCGACGUUGGGGCUUUGGGAAGGGGCACUGGGGCACUGUGUCGAAAUUUAUCGAAGGAUUUGAGGUGCAUUGA